AUGUCAACCUACGGCGCCGGCGUUCCUCGCUCCUACCGCACUCCGAAAUUCCCUGCCCUAUAUUGGCCAGUUCGCGCCAAACCAGGCGAGGCACAGUACCUCUAUUAUCUGUCCGACAUCUACCGAUACACACUGUACUGGACACUGCUCACUAUCGUGGCUGCGCACGCCUGUGUCGCGGCAUGGGCCGUUCUCAUGCAAUUCAACUCGGCCUCACAGCGACGGAAGUAUCUUUCCACACCCGCAGGCAAGCGCCUGAGUGCCAAAAAUAGAAAACUGCUGGGAGAAAAUCCAUUCGGCGAGACUUUGAGCUGGGUUUGGCUGGUUCCCGUGACAUAUAUUGUGAUUGGAGGCUUGGAGGCAUUGCUUGCAGGGAGUAUGGUGGGACUGGUUCUAGGGGCAGUCUACAAUGCUGGGUAUUUCAGAAUGAGCACUUGGACGCCGCUGCUCUGGGGCGUCAUCAAUAUGCUGGUAUUGGUGGUGAGUAGUUUCAGGAUACAAGGCGGUCUUUGA